AUGGAUCCUCUACAGGCCAGCCACGCCGUCCCCGGCAACGACAGCGCCGGCAUCCCCUCCCCCCAAUUCGCCCUCCUCAACUACUUCUUCCCUGGCUACUCGGUCCUCAUCUCGACCCUCAACGCCAGCCUCGGCGCUGACCUCAACCGUUACCUGCCCUUCGUCGUCGCCGCCGUCGCUGUCGCCCUCUCCUGGCGCUACGUCUGCGACACCGUCAUGAACCAGGUCGAGGCCAGCUUCAUGUCCUCCUUCACCGUCCACACCGACGACGAGACCUACAACAUCCUCAUGUGGUGGAUGACGCGCCAGCCCUUCUGCCACCGCACCCGCAACUUCGUCGUAAACACCUCCGUCUACUCCCGCAGCGAAUACCUCUACCGCGCGCAUGACGAGAGUGGCGGCGAAGACGAGGACGAGACUGAGGGAAGUACCCGUGACGUCGCCGCUGCCGACGACGACCAAGACACCGCGCUCGCCAAAAACCGCGGCAAGCACGUCCUCCACUACACUCCCUCGGCCGGAACUCACUGGUUCUGGUACCGCGGCGUGCCCCUGCGCUUCUCCCGCCGCCAGACCAAGGACAAGAUCAGCCUGCGCAACCCCAGCGAGCAGGAGGAGCUCUGCGUCAGCUGCCUCGGCCGCGACCCGGCAGUCCUCAAGCGUCUUCUCGCCGACGCCCGCCUGCUCUAUCUCAAAAAGGACGACAGGAAGACCGUGAUCUACCGCGCCACCAGCUCCGUAUCCACCUACGGCACCGACAGCUACUGGCAGCGCUGCAUGUCCCGCCCCAACCGUGACUUCUCCACCGUCAUCCUCCCCGACAAGGUCAAGGCCGACAUCAUCGCCGACGCCGGCGACUACCUCGACCCCGCUACCCGCCGCUGGUACGCCAACCGUGGCAUCCCCUACCGCCGCGGCUACCUGCUCUACGGCCCGCCCGGCACCGGCAAGAGCUCCCUUAGCGUCGCCCUCGCCGGCUACUUUCGCAUGAAGAUUUACAUUGUCAGCUUGAGCUCCCUCACCGCCACCGAGGAGAACCUGGCGUCGCUCUUUGCCGAGCUCCCCACCAACUGCAUCGUCCUGCUCGAAGAUAUUGACACCGCUGGCCUCUCCAAGACGCGCGAGACCAAGAAAGAUGACGACGACAAGGAGGGUGGCGGCAGCGACAAUGCGCCGACGGGGCAGGGCCAGCUUUCCCUCUCUGCGCUGCUCAACAUCCUCGACGGCGUCGCUGCACAAGAAGGCCGAGUCCUCAUCAUGACCACCAAUCACCUUGAGAGCCUCGACAAGGCCCUCAUCCGUCCCGGUCGCGUCGACAUGAUCAUCCCCUUCCAACUCGCCGACGCCGACAUGAGCGAGUCCAUCUUCAAGGCUAUCUACAUGCCUUUUGACGGCGAACUUGCCGACGGUGCCGGCAGCAAGGAGAACAAGGGCAAAGAGACCCUUAUCGACGAGGUCGCCGUCCUUGCCAAAGAAUUUGGCCGCCGCAUCCCCCCGAACGAGUUCAGCCCCGCCGAGAUCCAGGGCCUGCUUCUGCGCCACAAGCGCUCUUCCCAGACGGCCGUCGACGCCGUCGAGGGUUGGGUAGUGCAAAUGCGUGCGGACAAGAAGGACAAGGCGGAGAAGGAGAAGAAAGAAAAGGAGGAGAAGGAGCGAAACGACAAAGAAAAGAAAGAGAAGGAGGAGAAAGAGAAGAAGGGUAAGAAGAACAAGAAGAGCAAGAAGAAGGAAAAGAAGAAGUCGAAGAGGGUGAAGGAGGAAACGGAAGACGAGAAUGAGAGCGAGGACCAGGAUGCGGACGAGAACCAAGAGGAGGGUCAGGGUGAGGACGGUGAGAAGGAUGGGGACGAAGCAGACGAGACCCAGGAAGGAGGCGGCGAGGAUGAAAAGGCCGAGAAGAGAGAAAAAGGGAAGAAGCAGAAGCAAGAGGCUGCGGCAGUGGCCACGAAGGCCAAAGCAGUUAAAGGCCAACAAGGAAAGCGCGACAGUCGAGGCUCCUCAGAUUCGGGAUAUGCCACCCCUUAG